AUCAGUCUUGCACUUUCUUCUUGUUUUACUUGUUCUAAACUUCUUUAACGUGUUCUUUCAAGUAAAAUUUGCCUACUAGUUUCUAUGUUAGUGUUCCGAAAUACUUUUGACAAGUUCUAUAUAGAGCUAUCUGGAGCUGGAACAGCAAAGAAAGAUUAGUUUGUAACUCAGCUUUGCCUCUUUAACUUUGGUUGGUUGAAGGGUGUCUUGGAAAGUUGAAAGAAACAGAAGAAAAAGAGAGAGAGAGAGAGAGAGAGAGAGAGAGAGAGAGAGAGAGAAAUGCCAAGCUGCAUGAGGUUGAAAUGAGUUGCAUUCAGAUCCAGGGAACCAGAUUUUGAUGGGUAGGAACAUUUGUAUGAUUUUCUUCAUAGUUGCCUACGGAUCAAACUUCAAAAGGGUUGGUCAAAAGGAAGAAAGGGAAGGUUUUCUCCUAUAUCUUCUAGCCCCGUUGGAUCGUUUUAGGCAAAGAAGAGUCCAGAUAUGAAAGUUGUAUUUAGGCUCUAGAGAGAGGCAUCCAAGUGUAGGUUUAAUUUCACUCUGUUUUCCCUGGCUUUAUUUGGUUGCCAAUUUUCAGUUCUUCUUAGUUUCUGGCCUUCUGAAAUUCAUGCAAUAAUGCUCAGUAGGUAAUUUCAUUUUUUGGAUAACAUAUGAUUUAUCCCUUUGUAUGACACUGAUUGAGAAGAAGGAAAAAGUAGCUUGAAGAGUGAUAGCAUUGCACGAUUUUGAAAGGUUCAGAGGUUAGAGCUAAUUUUUGCAGGUAAAAAUAAUGGAGGAGAUAUCUACAGCAAUAGCUGGUCCCUGUGCGGUUACGCUAGGUGACGUGAUGUGUAAUGAUUCGAGAACAAUGACACACAUGGACGUUGCUGGGUGUAAGCUUAUUGCGGAGAAAGCAAGUUUGUUGUCACCCCCUGAGAACCAGCCAAAUCAACCUUGCAAGUUCAUUUCUGGUGGAAACCAAGGUUUCCUUGGUGCUAGUUCAUUCAGAACAUUAGGUAACAGCGGAGAUAAUGGAGCCAUUUUGUCAAAUCAAAUUGAAACCGACGAUAGUUGUAUUUCCGGAGUAUACAAUCAUCAGGGAAAUGAGGAGGAUGGAUCCAUAUCUUUCGGUGGCGAUCAUGAAAAUUCAUGUUCUCAAUCCGUAGCCAGUGAUAUCAGCGCCAUAUCUGUUGAGGAAGUUUCAGCUUCAGAGGUUAAUUCUGAGAGAAAUUCGUCAACUACUCAGGUAGGGGAAAGAAAUACUAGUGAUGUUCAAGAUGUGAAGAAGGUUGCAGUGGAUCUUGCAGGGGAUGAUGGCAACAGGUCUGAUGAGUCUGAUCCAAAGUCAUCUGAGUCAUUUCUUGAGGUGCCACAACAAAAGAAGAUAAGAAAAAGUGAAAGCCAGAGUCUUUUUGAAUUAAAUAACAUACCCCUUUGGGGAUAUGCAUCCAUGUGUGGUAGGAGGCCAGAGAUGGAAGAUGCUGUUUUGGUUGUACCUCGAUUUUUGCAAGUUCCUCCACAAAUGAUGGAAGCUAAGAGCCUAUCAAAUGUAAUGAAUCACAGUCUAAGCGACUUAACUGCACAUUUCUAUGGUGUGUACGAUGGACAUGGAGGCUGUCAGGUUGCAAAGUAUUGCCAUGAACGUAUGCAUUUGGUUUUGGGUGAGGAGAUAGAAAUCGUAAAAGCAUGUAUUCAUGAUGGAAAAAUUGGGCACGACUGGCAGGAACAAUGGAAGAAAGCAUUCUCCAAUUGUUUCGUAAAAGUCGAUGCCGAGAUUGGAGGAGUUCAUAGAGGCACCGAUCGUGAACCUGUUGCCCCUGAAACUGUCGGUUCUACUGCUUUAGUUGCAAUUGUUAGUUCAACACAUAUAAUUGUUGCCAAUUGUGGCGAUUCAAGGGCAGUUCUCUACCGUGGAAAACUUCCCAUGCCAUUGUCUGUAGACCACAAACCUGAUAGAGAAGAUGAACGUGCAAGGAUAGAAGCUGCAGGAGGCAAGGUCAUACAAUGGAAUGGAUCUCGUGUUUUUUGUUUUCUUGCAAUGUCAAGGUCCAUUGGUGACAGAUACUUAAAACCAUGGAUUAUUCCAGAUCCAGAAGUGAUGUUUGUUCCUCGAGCAAAAGAAGAUGAUUGUCUUAUCUUAGCCAGUGAUGGCUUAUGGGACGUCAUUACCAACGAGGAAGCCUGCGAAGUGGCACGAAAACGAAUUCUUCUUUGGCAUAAAAAGCAUGGUGGUAAAUUGUGUUCAGAAAUGGGUGAGGGAGUUGACCCUGCUGCCCAAUCUGCAGCAGAGUACCUCUCAAGGCUUGCUCUUAGUAAAGGAAGCCAAGACAAUAUCACUGUCAUUGUGGUGGACCUAAAAGCUCAAAGAAAAUUUAAGAAGAAAACCCAACAGUGAGCUCUCUUGUAAAAUUUUUGACAUUUUGUUGUAUCCUGUCGAGAGGAUUCUUCUGUUAAAACGAUUGUAACAAGAACAUUAGUUACACCAACACCUACUCAGUUAGUAGAGUUAGCUCAUCUUUUCUUGCUUGGUCAAUACAAUUACGUGA